UCUUUUCACUCUCCUGCUUCAAUUGCCUGCCAUUUUGCGUGACUGAUAGUUCGUUCAUCAGCCAGAAGCCGUUCUGUCCUCGUCGUUGUGUAAGACAGUGCUCUGCUUGCUCCUCGAGGCGCACAAUCUUUAAGAACCCAGCUGAAGCUUAUUGUACAGAGGAUAUUUCCUACAAGAAGUGCAGUGUAAUAACAUAUAUCGUACUCAGGCUUAUUGUACUCAGGAUAUUUACUGUACUCGUCCUUACACUGGACCAUCUGAGGUCUCGCCUAGUCUGCGUACAGCUUAGCAUAGGUGGAAAUUUCGUUUUAAAUUUGAUUGUAGUAGUCGUUUUAAUCGUUAAGUAGGGACUCAGAAAGGCCUGAAGAAUGGCGGGUACGGCCACGUCAUCCAUCCUGCAGUUCGCCACGUGGCAGAGCUCCGUCGACGUGUCAUUCUGGGAGAAGCUCGCGGCGUUGAAGGUGGACUCGCAGGGACUGAAAGAGGAAGACGUGGCGAUUCACGGUUUCUUCACUCCAUCCUCACACUCUCAGCUCCCCUCCUUCCUCUCCCUCUCCUCCGCCUCUUUCCCCCCUUCCCCUCCCCCUCCUCCUCGCUUCCAACUCAUUCCUCCCGGUAAUACCACGAACACAACUGACGUCACCACCGAUGCUGACGUCACCACCGCUGCUGACGUAUCCAGCACUGCUGACGUCACCACCACCCCUGGCAGCAGCAGCGUUAGUAACAGCUCUGGUGCAAGCAGCAGCGAUAUCACCAACAGCAGCAGCAGCAGCAGCAGCAGCACCAUUGCCAAGGGCAGUGAUAGGAGGAGCGUGGUAACCAGCAGCAGCAGAAAUGUGGUUAGCAGCGACGGCAGAAGCGUGGUGGCAGGAGUGCUAAGGAUCGCAAACACAGUGGAGUCGUUUCGCGGGUUUGACAGGCGAAAGAUGAUGGAGGGAGUGUCGCAGCAGCUCUGGCGUGACAUGCUAUCAGGGGAGGCAGUUCGCCACCCAUCGCUCCUCAACGCCUUCUUCCUCCUCGUCUAUCCCGACAUCAAGCACUGGCGCUUCCACUACGCCUUCGCCUUCCCUGCUCUCGCCCUGCCCUCACCUGCCACGCUCGCCUCCGCUCCCCUCUCUGCUGGCCAGGCCUUUUCGCCUCAGCUGGCAGAGGCAAUGGAGAGGGAGUGUGAGCGAUGGAGGGAAGCAGCACAGGGUAAGGAAGCAAGAGAGGCGGAAUUGGGUGCACCACGGGGCGAGCAUGCCCAACGAGGGGAAGAGAAUGACCACAGAGAGGAGGAGGCUGUCCGGGAAGGGGUGGCCGAGUUGAGAGAGGGAGAGGAGGAGGGACAACAAGCAGAGCAGAAAAGUAGAAGUGAGGGAGAUGAGAAGGGAGAAGCAGGAGCAGAUGAGACAGCAGCAGCAGCAGCAGCAGCAGAUGUGAGACUUGCGUCUGAAGACAUGGAGAGAGGAGCCCCAUUCUUCCUCGUCCAUACAGACUUUAGUAACCAAGCACACCCUUCAGUAAAAGCACACCCAUUAUCAGAAUACCAGCGACUGGCAAGUGCAGCAGCUUCCCCAACCGCCUCUGCAACGCCCACCUCCUCCUCGUCCUCCUCCUCUCCUCCCUCUCUCAUCAUCGCCUUCUUCGACCCCUGCCAUCUGCCUCUCUCUCCCGGCUGGCCUCUCCGCAAUCUGCUCCUCCUGGCGUCCCUACGGUGGCAGGCUACAUCACUUCACGUUCUCUGCCUGCGGCAGCGGCACGGGAGAUUUAGCCUGCACCACUCACUGCUUCUGCACGUCCAGAUACCACUUCCCCCAGCUGGCUGGCUGGAUCCUCUCUCAGCGCCUGCCACGUGUCCAUCCGCCACUGGCUGGGAGCUGAACUCCAAGGGAAGGACGGGUGCGCGGUGCGCUGACCUGGCGCCGCUGAUGGACCCUGCCAGGCUGGCAGACGAGGCAGCAUCACUCAACCUCAAAUUGAUGAGGUGGCGCGUGCUGCCCCAGCUACAGCUGGAGAGGUUGAAUGCAGCCAAGUGCUUGCUGCUGGGUGCUGGCACUCUGGGGUGCCAAGUCGCCCGCUCACUCCUGGCAUGGGGCAUCCGUGACAUUACCCUCGUGGACUACGGGGCGGUUUCGUACUCUAACCCCGUGCGGCAGUGCCUCUUUUCCCUCAAGCAUUGCCUGAAUGGCGGCAUGCCAAAGGCGCAGGCAGCAGCAGAAGCACUCAAGGAAAUUCUUCCCAGUGCUCACACGUCCGGCCAUCGCCUCGCCAUUCCUAUGCCAGGUCAUCCCGUGUCGGCCUCAGAAUCCCCACGCGUGCAGGCUGACGUGGCAGCCCUGCUGGCGCUCAUCCGCCAAUCGGACGCCGUCUUUCUCCUCACCGACACGCGGGAGAGCCGGUGGCUUCCUACUUUGCUCUGUGCAGCUGAAGGAAAGAUCGCCAUCAACGCUGCGCUCGGCUUCGACUCGUUCCUCGUCAUGCGCCAUGGGGCGCCGCCCGUGCCUCUGGACAACACAUUAGCAACGGCAGCACCUGACUCAGCACCAGCAGAGUCUGUGUCAGCACCAGCAGAAUCUGCAUCAGAAUCAGGAGGUCUUGGGUCAUCUUCAUCAGCUAAUGCUGCAUCCCAUGCGUCUGAAGCCGAACCAGCACCAGCAGCAGAAGCAGUGUCAGCAGUCCGGGCAUCGGCAUAUGAACCGUCAAACGCGCCACCAUCUGCCUCAGCACCUAUACCGGCAUCCCGACCUGCAUCUGCACCUGCGUCUCCGUCGCCCAAACGGCUCGGGUGCUACUUCUGCAACGAUGUGGUUGCUCCGCUCAACUCCACCACCCAUCGCACCUUGGAUCAGCAGUGCACCGUCACUCGCCCUGGACUGGCAACCAUAGCCGGGGCUCUGGCAGUAGAGCUGCUGGUGGGGCUGCUGCACCAUCCCCUGGGCAUCGCAGCACCAGCAGAAGACACCACCACUGACAAUUUCCAUUCUGCCUCCUCCCCCUCCUCCUCCCAUGUCUCCUCUCCUCUCGGCCCGCUGCCCCAUCAACUGCGUGGCUUUCUCUCCUCCUUCUCCCAGCUGCCCAUUACCGGCUUCGCCUUCCACCAGUGCACCGCCUGCUCCCCUACAGUGGUUUCAGCUUAUAGGGAGCGUGGUUUUGCGUUUCUUAUGGAUGCUUUUAACGAACCCAAGUACUUAGAGGAGAUUACAGGAUUGGAUAAACUGCACGCGGCUACUGUGGAGAUAGAAGUCGACUGGGAUGAUAGUGAGGAUGACAGUUUCAAGGAUCUUGAAAGCGUAUGAGAUAAAGGGCUUGGAUAAGUUGCACGCAACUAUUGAGAUAGAAGGCCAAUGGGAUUAUAGUGAGGAUGACAGUAUUGAGGGUCAUGGUUAGUCUCACACACCAAUUUCCUGCGAUCGCCAGUAUCAUUAAUAUUCUACUCGGU